AUGAGCUGGUUGAAGCAGACGGAGUCAAUCCCGGAAGGCUACUGGGGUCCAGUCACGCUGCUGUGGUGCGAGCUGACAAACAUCUUUUUUGUCGGUGCUGCAAUCUACGGCGCGUACCGCGUGCAUACCGAAAAACUGCUCCGUACAUUCUACGGCGCUUUUACCGGCCUUGCCGUGGUUGGCAUCGGCUCGUUCCUUUUCCAUAUGACGCUUAAGCACGAGGCCCAGCUUGGCGAUGAGCUCCCAAUGAUCUGGGCGAGCAGUUACGUGGGCUGGGUCUUGAUGCAACACACGAGCAUGUACGGCCGGAAAAAGAACCCGUACAUGUUCGGCGUCGCAAUUGGGUCACUCUCUUUGUUUAUCACGGUCGCAUACGUAAUGAACGGGAACCCAGUGUUCCACCAGGUCGCAUAUGCAGGUAUCUUUGCUACGGCAACAAUCCAUGGGCUCGUCGUGCUCUUUCACUCGCGCUCGCCGCUCUCUGUGGUCCCAGCAGCACACCGCCUCCGCCAGGAUGCGCGUUUCAUGCAGGUGAUGGGAACCUGCGUGUUCCUCGCCGGGUUCCUCAUUUGGAAUAUUGACAACAUCUGUUGCGGAUCCUUGCGCAGUGCACGCACCGCGGUUGGUUACCCCACCGCCGUGCUGCUCGAAGGACACGGCUGGUGGCACAUUUUGACGGGUCUCGGAGCAUACUGGAUCAUAGUCUCGUGCGAGGUCAUCGUCUCGACAAUGGUCGAGCACCCCGACAAUUUUGAGAUGCACUUCUCGCUCCUUCCUCACCUGCGCCGCAUCAAGCCGUAUGACCCGAAUCAUACGCUGCUGCGCGACUUCCAGGCCAUAAAGAACAAGUAA